AUGCCAGCUACUCGUACCUCGAAGAAGAAGACACCCGCGAACAAGAAACCACGCGAAAUGGAGGCGGAGGAACAAUUACUAGGUAGCGGGGAGGUCGCUGCGGUGGGGUCGAGUCACGAACCUCAAUUACCACCCGAGAACGAAGCGGACCAGGACGUGCCAAUGGAGGAAGAGCCUUCUGCUGCAUCAACAUCGCAAACGACUUUAACUAUGGAGGAACGUAAAGCAAAGAUGGCGGAGCUGAAACAACGACGGGCAGCAUCACACAAAGCGAAUCGGGCUUCAUUAGUUGAAGAGUCAGCUAAAGCGCAAAUAUCGGCUAGGGAUGCUGCUCGGCUAGAGAAGCAGCGCAAACUGGCUGAGAUGCUCCGGACCAAGGCAGAUGCAGAGGAGAAGGGCGAGCCAGAUGCGGUCGAGCGGGCUAAGAAUUGGGAGUGGACAAUUGAGGAGAAUGAUAAUUGGGAAAAGAAGUUAGCGAGGAAAGCAAGAAGAGCCGACUUUCAGUUCCAUGACGAUGCCCAUGCAGCUCGGAAACGCUACAAGAAAGACUUGGACCUGAUUAAACCAGAUUUGGUGGCAUACAAUCGACAAAAGGAACUUGCGAUGGGACUUGUGCCAGGGUCACUGACAGGAUUCAACCCUAAUGACCAGAUGAUUCCUACUGCGGCUGAGCAACAACAAGCGGCAGAAAAUCUAUACCGUGAUGCAAAUACCCUCAUCUACGGCGACAACAAGCCUUCGGAAGAGCAGAUCGACCGAGUGGUGUCCAAGCUGAAUAGAGACACGGAAAAGAAGGCCAAGUUUUCAAGGAAACGGACCAACGAGGAGACUGGCGACAUCACCUAUAUCAACGAGCAGAAUCGGGUCUUCAACAAGAAAAUUGGUCGAUACUACGACAAGUACACAGCGGAAUUGCGGGCGAAUUUCGAACGUGGAACAGCGCUUUAA